AUGAAGUCGCCUGAGACUUUAUUCACAGAAACAACGCUUGAUAUCAUAAUACCAAAUGGUGUCCUGCAGUUUACUGAAGAAGAAGCGGAGAAGAUUCUAACCGCUAAACCUCGAACCUUGGCAUUUUAUGACGAACACAUUGAUUUCUACUUAAUCCUUCGUCUCCCUUCCGACUCUGGUAUCUCCGAUGUAGCUGCAGCAAAGGCAUUUUUCCACCAAUUGGAAAUAGUUGUUGAGGCGGGUUUAGUCGACUCCACUGUGGUUACUCAACCACAACCAGCUCCACUACCCGUGUAUCGUCUUCCACCUGGACGAUCACGAUCGAACUCGGCAGCAACGUCACCCUCAAGGCCGAGCUCACCUUUGCCAGGGACGGCAGAAAAGAAGCAACCAAAGGUUGAUGGGACGGUGAUUUUUCAAUCAGUGUACAAUCCAAAAACCAAGGAUAAAGAUAUGAUAGUAUUUAUUAGAAAUGAUGCAUGGUGUUGUAUUGUGCCAUUGUCUGUACCCGUUGCAUACGUGAAAACACGCGCACAGAUGCCAGCACUAGCCCUUGCCACUAUAGUUUCUCAGAGAGUGCUGCCCGAAAAACCUACCAACUCAGAUUACAAAGGAGAAUACGACGACGAUAACUUUAAUAUGAUCAAUUUGCUUGCUGGUCUGUCCGACGAUCCGUCACUGAGUGAGGCUUCAAAAUAUCUUCCACUGCCUGCUUCACGCAUUUAUGGAACAGUAGAAUCAAGACGGCAGAGUAUAUAUCCUAACACGCCGGGUCCAAUGACUCCACAACCCUUGAGACGUAGUUUUAGGAAGAUUUUACCGGUGAAGUCUGCCCUCAAUGUGCGAAUGCGGACUACCAGCGUGUCACCGUUGGACAAUGUACUUAUGAUGUCUGUAGAAUUAGAAAACAAUACGGAUGCAGGAACUGCUUUUGAUGUGCAAGAAGUGAGAAUUGAACUUUCGAGUGCAAUUGUGGCACAAUUUGAUUGGGGGGGCAAGAAGGAGAUAUUUCCAUUAAUUUUGCAUCCCGUUGACCAAGUAACAUUUCUCUAUAGUAUUGCUAUACUAGAAGAAUCCGCUAAAACAUAUCCUCAAUACUACCCUAUUUCCAGUCUCAAUCAUCCAUCUUCCCGUCGCUCUUCUGUUACUUCAACACCUCCCCCUGCGCCUAACGCAGAAGACAAACAACGACAUGUAUCAAUUAUCGUCCGUGGCUCUCCUAUUGUCGACGGACAGUCUAUUAAAAAUGUAGAGUCACGUUGGAAUUGUAUGUUAGAUUUGAGUAACCUGCGUCGACAAGAGGAUUCUCUUCCUCCCAAUCUGCCAGGAAUAGUAGGAUCUCGUUUAUCGAUGUCGAUGAUCAAUCAAAAGCCAUCUGGCUAUCAAACACCAUCGAUUUCCAGACCGGGAACGGGGUCAGUUACUCCCACACCAACCAAGAGUUCGUAUGGGGAAUACGCUACAGCUUAUGGGCGUAAUAAGAGAGGGCUGCCAAUGAUUCCCGAUAAUGAUAUCGCUAACUAUGGGAGCAACGGCGUCCUCGAUGGUGGGAGGACACCGGCAAAGAGGCAUGUUGAACAUGAUGUUGAUGGUGUGGUUGUAUCUUUUUCAGUGGAUUCAAAAGUUAUUAUUGGUAAAGUCUUUACCAUAACUGUAUUUAUUGUUAAUCGGUCUAAACACGUACGUCGGUUCACUGUCGUAGUGCCCAACAGAAGAAGACCCAGUGAAUCAGCAAAGAAUCUUCCGCCAAUUCCCGUUGGGGUCAAAUCGACGACACAGAAUAAUCAAUUGGAACCAUAUAUGGAAGAGACCGAAUUUUUGAGGCGACACACUGAUUUCGGAACAAACGAGACGGGCAUCAUAUGCUUGGAAAACAACGUGCGAAUAGGGCCACUUAGCUCGUCAACAUGUGAGACGACUAAGUUGCACUUCAUAGCAAUCCGUGAGUCUCUACAUGUUAUUGAUCUCAUACAGCUUGUGGAUAAUGACACAGGGUUCAUUACUAAUCUUAGGAGUGUACUCGAAGUAUACGUUGGCAGGGAAUAG